UUCAGCCGGUGUCUUGUCUCGGUGUCUAUCUGUCACAGGGAUCUUCAACACCGGAAUAAAUCUCAUGGCAUUUACUGAGCACAACCUGGAUGACCUGGGCAACAGAGGUGUGAGCUGCUCUGACACGCUGAAAGCUCAUCUGCCUCCUCAUGCCACCAACAUGGACACAGUCACUCACCAGCGGAGGCCGAUAACUCGCUCCUGCAGCGUUGGGGACACACCGAACAGGAGCGCUACUUUCCACGCUUUAACUCAACCCUCACACCACCAGGAUGAGGAGGGCUCGCCACGACGACGUGUAACCGUGGCAUCAUAUAUGCCUCAGUCUAAGGAUCAGAAUGGAAACUUCCCUGAGAAGGACACGGACAAGCAAGUGGCCAAAUCUCUCAGGGAGCUGGACACAGAGGAAGUCUGCCACUGGUUUACGAGUAUUGGACUACAGAAAUGUCUCCCUUCCAUCAGAGAAGCAAAACUGUGUGGAGCAGACAUCGCCUCAGUGGAUGUGAACACUCUGGACAUCCUUCACAUCGCAACACUGGGAGAGAGGGAGCAGCUACUGUCGGCCAUUUAUAAUGAGCUGCACCCUCCCACCAGCAGUACCAAAAGAAUUGACUCCCUGCUUGAAUCUUUAGGCAAUAAUAACGUUGAGACAUUCACUGCGACACUGGCAUCAAUGAGCAAGUCGAAGUCUUCUCCGCACGUGGGCUGCCUGAGCAUGAAUCGACGUUCCCUGAAACUCAGAAACAACAGCCAAAUCUCCACUGGACAGAGGAGUCCUCAGAUGAUAGAGAUUACUAUCAAUGCGUCAGAGCGGAUAGUUCAUCUCAGAACCCCAAAGGAAACCACGGUGGGAAAAAUCAUGGACUCGUGCAUCAAGAUGCUGGGAAUGACAGAGGAUAGGAGUCUCUUCAUACUGAAAGAAACGCAAGAGUCAACAGAGGAGCUUCCCCCAGAUCAGCAGAUUGGGAGUCUGCUGACAUCGACGUCGGAGAACAGACAAUUGGAGCUGCAUUUGUGCAAAACAGAGAAGUCAACAGGGACGUCUUCUAAAAAUAAUCCAGAGGUCAGCUCUGAUGAGAGCGUCAAUAAAAAUGUCCAGGUGAACCAGCCAGCUAAAGAAGAGAGGAUCAGGGAGCUAAACCAACAGGUGGACUCACUACAAAAUGUCAUCCUUCAGGUCCAGGAGCUCCACCACGGCCUGGUAGCAUUUUGCUCAGAGUUAAAGAACAUGGAUGGAGACGUGAAUGCAGACAGGCUUGGCUCUGCUGAGCUGAAACAGAGGCUGGAGCUGGUUAAAAGCCAGCUGAACGACAAGAGGCAGAGCCUGCAGGCCCUCAGAGACAAUAUCAACAACUCUGCUGCUCACAAGAAGAAGCAGUUGGAUGUUCGUCUCUUGGAAAAGAUGAAGCUGAACUGCCAAGUGUUUAAGGAGGAGAUUUCCAUGGUGCACCUCAACCGACAGGUGACUCACCUCCAGAACGCUUUGCAAGAAAGCUACGUCAAGGAGAAAGCUCGAAAAAGGACUUUGGACGUCGGCAGCCUGAGCCAGCUCGUGUCCCUGCAGUCCCCGGCCAUGCUGCUGGUCGUACAGGAGAGCCGAGACCCUGAUGGUCAUUACGGCUUCAUGUGUCGCUACAAAGACGGUAGCGGACUAGUGGUGGCCAAGGUAGACAACUCUCAACUCUGUGUGAAUGACAGACUGGUGGAGGUGAACGGCGUAUCAGUGGUCAACUCCACACAGGAAGAACUGACUGACAUCCUCCUGCAGGGACCAAGUGCUCAAAUUGUUGUCCUUCGCCAGCCCCCGCCCAUCCUCACCUCCCAGCAGCGCCCCCUGCUCCCGCAGCACACGGCCCGCCCUGAUCCCAUUCAAACGAUCUGCCCAGAGAGGGAUGUGGUCACCAUGGAAACCCCUCCAUGUCGCAGGGUGAUGGCCAUCUGAUGUCAGGAGAUUAAGACAGAGAGAGAGAGAGAGAGAGAGAGACAGAGACAGAGAGUGGUGAUGAGGAUGGAUAUAAGUGUUUCUACUAUAUUAAUGUCUGUCUAUAGGAUGACCCAUAAUGUGAAAUGCCAAUGCCAUCUCUCAUUAGUUAUUUACCUCCAUCUGUCAAACUGUAAUUAUAAAAAUGUUCUUCAUAGACUGCUGCCAAAUGCCUUUUUGUUAGGAAUGUCAGAUUGUGAUGUGUUUUUGUGUUUUUAAAUGUCACCACAUGUGCAUAACUUUGUUCUUGGUAGAUAGUAGACGUAUACACCAUAUUGUUUUAAUGUAUGUAGGCAGAACAAUGCCUAUGAGAAACAUAUUUCUGGACCAAAAAACCACAAAGGCUACUUUCAUUUCUUUUUUUCCCCUUCCUGUUUUACAUCAUAUUUGUGUUGUGAGGGGAAAAUGAAAAGUAAAAAAAAAGGAAAGGAAAGGUUGAGAGGCUGAUAGAGCUUUGCUCCACUUGAUACAUGAUAAGCAUUUCUUUUUUAGCAUCCAACCGAGUAUAUCGUUAAGGUACAACAAUAUGAGCCUGAUUAAGGCUCGGGAUGCUUCAACUUUUUAAAGUACAGAUAGAACCUAGAUAGAGUCAAACAAUUUCAAACUACAGUGACGUAGUGUAAAGACACGCCUGAAAGCUUUGAACCCUAUCUGUCUCUCCAUGCAGAUUAGACACUAAGAUGGUCGGGAACACUGAUGAGAGCAGAACAUGUCUUAAAAAAUAAGUCACGUCUCCCCUUUGUAUGCUGUAAUGUAAUCCACUGUGCUGUAGGAAUAAACCC